AUGAAGUGUGCACUAGUCUGUAUAUUAGUAUUUUUUCAAAUAGUUUUUAAUCAAGAGAUAGAAUAUUAUCCAUCUAAAGCAUCCUUAGGGUAUAAAAUAUCAAAGACCAUCUCUCAAACUUCAAAAAAUAACUUGAUCACCAAUUUAGAUGAUUAUAAAAAUGCUGCGGGUAAUAAAAGAAAAAAAGUAUGGCGAAAUUUUAACAAGGACAAUGAAAAUAUUACUGAAAAAGUGACAGUAAAAAGAGCCGUAGAUCCAGUGUUUCAUGGGUAUCCUAAAACAAGAGAAGAACUAUGGAACGAACACUUUCUUAAUGAAAGCAGCGCCUUUGACCAAACUCCAUCUCUAAUAAAACUAAUCCACAACAUAACAUUGAGUUAUUUGAAAGACUGUACGCCAGUUCUACUGUAUGACAGUCAGGUGAAAUCGAAAGAGAGUUAUUUAUUCCAAAAUUUACUCAAAGAUUUUCCGGUUAGUUUUGUGCAUGGUUACAUUAAUGACAAAAAUCAACUGCAAGAACCAAAACUCUUGGUGCCAGUUAGAGAAUGUGUGCAUUUCAUAAUUUUCCUUACUGAUGUUAAAGUAAGCGCAAAGAUUUUAGGCAAGCAAUCAGACAGCAAAGUUGUAGUCAUAGCAAGAUCUUCGCAAUGGGCUGUGCAAGAAUUUUUAUCAGGACCUUUGUCCAGGCGAUUUGUUAAUUUACUGGUUAUUGGACAAAGUUUUAAAGAAGACGAUGAUACUACUAUAGAAGCCCCAUACAUUUUGUAUACACAUAAAUUGUAUACAGAUGGACUGGGUGCCAGUCAGCCAGUAGUAGUUACUUCUUGGAGCCAUGGAAAAUAUUCUAGAAAUGUCGAUUUAUUCCCACCUAAAAUGACGGAAGGAUACGCCGGCCAUCGAUUUGUCGUGGCAGCUGCUAACCAACCUCCUUUCGUAUUUAGAAAGGUAAUCACAGACCUCGAUGGUGGAAAUCCUAGAGUAAAGUGGGACGGCAUUGAGAUCAGACUUCUAAAGCUUUUGGCAGAGAGAAACAACUUUUCCAUAGAAAUAGUUGAACCACAAGACUUGCAAUUAGGGCCAGGCGAUGCAGUAGCUAAAGAAAUAGCUAUGGGGCGCGCGGACGUCGGAGUAGCGGGAAUGUACAUGACUAUUGAAAGGGCUCGAGAAAUGGACGUAACAUUUGCACACUCUCAAGACUGUGCUGUUUUUAUUACUCUUAAGUCCACUGCUUUGCCUCGGUACCGGGCAAUCCUCGGACCAUUCCAUUGGCACGUGUGGGUGGCUUUAACAUUUACUUACAUGUUCGGAAUGUUCCCUCUAGCAUUCUCUGACAAACACACAUUACGACAUUUAAUAAAUAAUAGCGGUGAAAUCGAAAACAUGUUCUGGUAUGUUUUUGGCACUUUUACCAAUUGCUUCACGUUUGUCGGCAAGAAUUCUUGGAGCAGGACCACUAAGAUAACAACACGGUUAUUAAUAGGUUGGUACUGGAUCUUCACAAUAAUUAUUACGAGUUGCUAUACCGGUUCUAUUAUUGCGUUCGUGACGCUGCCAGUCUUUCCGGAGACUGUUGAUACUAUCGAUCAGCUUUUAGCUGGAUUCUACAGAAUUGGGACCCUAGAUCGUGGAGGUUGGGAGCGAUGGUUUUUUAAUUCAUCAGAUCCAAAUACUAAUAAAUUAAUGAAAAAAUUGGAGCUUGUGCCAGAUGUGGCUUCUGGUAUACGGAAUACAACAAAGGCUUUCUUUUUUCCUUACGCAUUUUUGGGGUCUCAGGCCGAACUGGAAUACAUUGUUCAAGCAAAUUUUUCAAAAACUACAUCCAAACGUGCCCAGCUACACAUCUCAAACGAAUGUUUCGUUCCUUUUGGUGUGACUAUGGGUUUCCCCAAUAACUCUUUAUAUACGGCAAAAUUGAGUCACGAUAUACGGGCAAUGUUUCAGUCAGGAAUUAUUGACAAAAUAGUCGACGAAGUGCGCUGGGACAUGCAGAGAAGUAGUACUGGAAAAUUAUUGGCUGCAAGCUCGGGAUCGUUGAAAAUAGUAUCAGUGGAAGAAAAGGGAUUAACUCUGGAAGACACUCAAGGCAUGUUUUUACUACUAGCAGCUGGUUUUCUAAUAGCCGCCUCAGCACUGAUCUCUGAAUGGAUGGGUGGAUUCUCCAGAAAAUGUCGAUUCAGAAAGAAGGAUCGGGGCACUAAUAGUGCUGAUUCCAGAGAACUAGUGUCACCUGAUCCCGAUAAAGCCGAAAUAAAUGCAGUAUGUGAUGGAACAGACAGUGUUUUACAUUUCGGAACAAAAUCUACAAGUGCUAGUUCCAGAGACACAUUAGAAGGUGAAAUAAUAAACGUUAUUGAAGAUAGCAUUAUAGUUCAUGAUAAUAUGGACACUGAGCAAUGGGGUUCGAGAAGAUCUAGUUCUUUUGAUCUGGAUCGGGAAGUGAAGGAGAUAUUUGAAAAGGAUUCGCAAAGGCGUGGUAUUCCGGUAGAUGAUGUUGAUAUAGAUAAUAGGUUGGGGACAGCGUCUCACGGAGCUUUUGGGGACCACAUUAAUAGUAAAUAUUAAUAUGAUAGUAUGUUUGUUGUUAUUAAUAUAAAAUGUUUGAA